CCGGCGGCGCGAUCUCGGGCUCCCUCGCUCGCUCUCUGCUCUCAGGGGAAGCCAAGCCGGGAAGCCCCGGCAACCCGCCCUCCAAGAUGAAGAAGCUCCAGGGAGCUCACCAGCGCAAGCCCAUUACCCCAGACCUGCUGAUGACCCCCAGUGACCAGGGCGAUGUAGACCUGGACGUGGAUUUCGCCGCGGACCGGGGCAACUGGACCGGCAAGCUGGACUUCCUGUUGUCCUGCAUUGGCUACUGCGUGGGCCUGGGCAAUGUCUGGCGUUUCCCCUACCGCGCCUACACCAACGGAGGAGGUGCCUUCCUCGUGCCCUACUUCCUCAUGCUGGCCAUCUGUGGCAUCCCUCUCUUCUUCCUUGAGCUCUCUCUGGGCCAGUUCUCCAGCCUGGGACCCCUGGCCGUCUGGAAAAUCAGCCCCCUCUUCAAAGGUGCCGGCGCGGCCAUGCUGCUCAUCGUAGGCCUGGUGGCCAUCUACUACAACAUGAUCAUCGCCUACGUGCUCUUCUACCUCUUCGCCUCCCUCACCAGCAACCUGCCCUGGGAGCACUGUGGCAACUGGUGGAACACGGACCUCUGCCUCGAGCACAGAGGCUCCAAGGACGGCAACGGGGCCCUGCCCCUCAACCUCACGAGCACCGUCAGCCCCAGCGAGGAGUACUGGAGCCGCUACGUCCUCCACAUCCAAGGCAGCCAGGGCAUUGGAAGUCCUGGGGAGAUCCGCUGGAACCUCUGCCUCUGUCUGCUGCUGGCCUGGGUCAUCGUGUUCCUCUGUAUCCUCAAGGGGGUCAAGUCCUCGGGCAAGGUGGUGUAUUUCACGGCCACGUUCCCCUACCUCAUUCUCCUCAUGCUGCUGGUCCGAGGAGUCACCCUCCCAGGGGCCUGGAAGGGCAUCCAGUUCUAUCUCACCCCCCAGUUCCACCACCUGCUGUCUUCCAAGGUAUGGAUCGAAGCUGCUCUUCAGAUCUUCUACUCCCUGGGUGUGGGCUUCGGGGGUCUCCUCACCUUCGCCUCCUAUAACACGUUUCACCAGAACAUCUACAGAGACACCUUCAUCGUCACUCUGGGCAAUGCCAUCACCAGCAUCCUGGCUGGCUUCGCCAUCUUCUCUGUGCUGGGCUACAUGUCUCAGGAGCUGGGUGUGCCUGUGGACCAAGUAGCCAAAGCAGGCCCUGGCCUGGCCUUUGUCGUCUACCCACAGGCCAUGACCAUGCUGCCUCUGUCGCCCUUCUGGUCCUUCCUUUUCUUCUUUAUGCUCCUGACUCUGGGCUUGGAUAGUCAGUUUGCCUUCCUGGAGACCAUUGUGACAGCUGUGACAGAUGAGUUCCCGUACUACCUGCGGCCCAAGAAGGCUGUGUUCUCGGGGCUCAUCUGCGUGGCCAUGUACCUGAUGGGGCUGGUCCUCACCACCGAUGGAGGCAUGUACUGGCUGGUGCUUCUGGAUGACUACAGCGCCAGCUUCGGGCUCAUGGUGGUGGUGAUCACCACAUGCCUGGCCGUCACCCGGGUGUAUGGCAUCCAGAGGUUCUGCCGGGAUAUCCACAUGAUGCUGGGCUUCAAGCCGGGCCUCUACUUCAGGGCCUGCUGGCUGUUCCUGUCCCCGGCCACGCUCCUGGCCCUGUUGGUGUACAGCAUCGUCAAGUACCAGCCCUCAGAGUACGGCAGCUACCGGUUCCCAGCCUGGGCGGAGCUGCUGGGCAUCCUGAUGGGUCUGCUGUCCUGCCUCAUGAUCCCAGCGGGCAUGCUGGUGGCCGUGCUUCGAGAGGAGGGAUCGCUCUGGGAGCGGCUCCAGCAGGCCAGCCGACCGGCCAUGGACUGGGGCCCGUCGCUGGAGGAGAACCGGACUGGCAUGUACGUGGCCACGCUAGCGGGGAGCCAGUCACCAAAGCCACUGAUGGUGCACAUGCGCAAAUACGGGGGCAUCACCAGUUUUGAGAACACGGCCAUCGAGGUGGACCGCGAGAUCGCCGAAGAGGAGGAGUCUAUGAUGUGAGACAGGAGGCUGGCGGCCUGGAGGUCCUGCCCAGCUGCGGAGGAGUAGCCCUGCCCUGUGGGGUCCCAAGAGGCCUGAGGCCCUGGGUGGUCGCCACAGUGAUGCCGGUCCCCAGGGCUAGUCCUUUCUGUGGCCUCUGCCUCUCCUCUGUCUCCUUUCUCCCCACACGCACACAGACCCACUCUAAGCUCAGUCCUCGUUGUGCAGUUGGAUAAACUGAGGCCAGGGAGGAGGGACCUGACCAAGGUCACGUGGAGGAGGGCGCUGGACCCCAGACCUCCUGGCCAGCCAGUUCCCUUUCUUAUGUGGCAGCUGGCGUCAUUCUCUCCUCUGUUCAGGGCCCAGACUCCUCUCUUUUCUAGGGGAGCCUGCCCCCCACAUACUGCAAACAGCCAGAAUCUUGAGCUGGGCAGGGACACUCAGGGUGUGGCAAGGCCCACAAGGCCCCAGGCCUCGAGGGUUAGCAAGUGAAGGGGGACAAAACCCCCCAGGCCAGGUUUCCUAGAAGACGUGGGGUCUGAGGGCCCUGGAGGAUGGGCAAGUUGGGAGGGAGAGAGGAAGAGGAGGGCAGGGUGUGAAGGCCCCCAUGUAUCCCCUGUGUCCCCCAUAGAGCCCAGGGCCGAGCCCGUGGUGUUACCAGGCUAUAGCAGGGGCCAGGCGGGAAGGACAGAGGGCCAGGGGAGCAUGGGACAAGGGGCGGGCCGGGGUUUGCAUGAUCUGGUUGUGCUUUAGAUAGACUAGCUUUCAGGAUCGGUGUACAGGGUGGAUUAGAGGGGACAGGGUGGAGGUAGGAGGCCUGUGGAGGGCAGCAAGGGGGGCUGGUGGCCUCAGUGAGGGGGUGGGGGUGGGGAAAGGAGGAGGUCCCCACAUUUUCCACCUCCCAGAGAAACUAACGUAUUUUAUUUUGACCCCACGCUUCUGAGAAGGGCCCACAGCUUCCCUCACUGGACUUUAUGCCCUCCCAUGUCGGGAGCCGUGGGCAUUAUUAGGACGGAGCAAACAGGUGGAGAGAUGGGAGUGAGGGCCCCUAGCAGGACCUGAGGCCCCUCUGUUCCCUUCUCCCUGUUCUGGUGGCCCUCACUGUCUCCUCCAGCUCCAGGCACUGCUGGGAAACUGACCUUGGCUGUGGGCCACCGAGGCAACCAAGAGACUUGGAGGUGGUCCGCUCACGUGGCUGUCUGUCCUGAUGCAGCCCCCUCUGGGCCCAGGCAUGAGGGUGGAGGCAGGGAGCCAAGGGCAGCCAACAGCUCAGGCCUGUGGCCAGAGGCCUCAGCAUCUUCAGUCCCAAGCACAAGGGGGGGCUGCCCUGGGAUCCCUCCUUCCCUGAGAGACGAGGGUGGACUGUGAAAGUGUGCCCUAGAGUGACAGGCCACCCUCAUGAAGCUGGGCCGGGCUGCGUGCCCUCUUUCUCUCCUGCUGUCCCCUCAACCCACCCAUGUCCUAUUGGUUUAUUGUUAAUAAACACCAAUGAGGUCAUC